CUCGUGGUGCAGAGACGAUUAAAGCGGCGCUGCCUCCGCCUUUCCAGCUGAAUUCUUGCGAUGUCCUCUUCCAGCAAGAGGAAAAACAAGAAACGGCCUCCUUCGGAAAAGGACUCGGCUCUCGACCAACGAGGCGCAGCCCAAGAACCCCUCGGGUGGCAGAGGUUGUCGGUUGCAGACUUUCUGGACAAGGAAGAUGACAAAGUCCCCAAAAUAUACAGAGAAACUUUUGUGCAGUUGGCACUCAACACAAUGAAGCUGGGAAAUAUUUGCAUAGGGCGUCCAGUGCUGCUUACCAGUACAAAUGGGAAGCAAGAGGUUUGCACAGCAUGGCCUGUUGCAGGCUUCCCUGGUAAAAAAAUUGGCAUAAGUGCAGUUACACAGAAGAAUCUGAAAGUGGUACCUGGUGACACGGUCUUUGUCCAGCCUGUGACUGGUGCUGUACUUCAAGCAGAGGAAGUGGAAGUGAAGCUGGGGGUUAAAGAUGAUUGUAUCAGUACUGAAGACUUGUCCAUUUGUCUCUUGAGAAACUUAGAUGGAAAGAUAGUAUUGCCAGGAAAUUUCCUACAAGUUACUUUCUAUGGCCGAUCUUGUGAUCUAAAGGUUACAAAGGUGAAAGGAAUGGAUGGUGUGUUGCUGGAAAUGCAAGAUGUUUUAAAGAUACCACAGGAAUUACCACUGGAGAAUUCGACUAAUAGUCAUUUCAAUUUAUCUAUUGAACUUGGAAAACUAGUAAUAACAGACAGUGAAGUACCUACCAGUACUCCAUGUAAGCAUGAGGAUCAUAACAUAUCCAUGAAUGAUUCUUUAAAUAAUAUGGGGCAUGAAGCAUUGAGUCCUGAUCCAGCAGAGAUCCUUGAUGGUGAUGGGUCUAACCUUCAUUCUGAAUCAAUCAUAUCACAAGAUUGUGAGAAAGGUUUUGCAGGUGAAGGAUUACCUUUGGCUGAUAAAACAGGACUGUCACAGAAUUGGGAACCAUUUUACUUCAUAUCGUCAAGGACUAGGGUCAGUUUCAUUCAAUCACAAGCCAAAGUGACAGAAGAAUGCAAUCUUGAACCAAAAGUUACUUACGAUUCAAUAGGUGGACUCAGUAACCAGCUGAAAACUAUAAAAGAAAUGAUUGAACUUCCUUUGAAGCAGCCUGAUCUAUUUAGGAAAUACGGAAUCCCACCUCCAAGAGGAGUGCUAUUAUAUGGCCCUCCAGGUACAGGAAAGACGUUGCUAGCCAGAGCAAUUGCAAAUGAGGUUGAAGCUCACUUCUGUACAGUUAAUGGUCCAGAAAUAAUAAGCAAAUUUUAUGGAGAAAGUGAAGCCCGGCUACGACAGAUAUUUUCUGAAGCCUCUUUACGGCGACCAUCCAUUAUAUUUAUUGAUGAAAUUGAUGCACUAUGUCCAAAAAGAGAAGAAGCCCAGAAUGAAGUUGAAAAAAGAAUUGUAGCGUCAUUGUUAACACUGAUGGAUGGUAUUGGAUCAGAAGACAAUGAAGGGCAGCUCUUAGUUCUUGGAGCUACCAAUCGCCCUCAUGCACUAGAUUCAGCCCUGCGCAGACCGGGACGUUUUGAUAAAGAGAUAGAAAUUGGAGUUCCCAAUUCUCAAGAUCGACUAGACAUCUUAAAGAAGGUUCUCAGUAAGACUCCUCACUCAUUGUCAGCAUCAGAUUUGACUCAACUAGCAGACAGUGCCCAUGGGUAUGUAGGAGCUGACUUAGCAGCACUGUGCAAGGAAGCAGGAAUGCAUGCUUUGCGGAGAAUACUUCGUAAGAAAGAGGAUCUCCUGGAUGACGAUGUAUCUGUAUCUGUAAUUAUUAAUCACAGUGAUUUCCUGCAAGCAAUGAACGAUGUCAGGCCCAGUGCCAUGAGAGAGGUGACAAUUGAUGUACCCAAAAUAUCCUGGUCAGAUAUAGGAGGGCUGGAAGAUGUUAAACUGAAAUUAAAGCAAGCUGUUGAAUGGCCGCUGAAGCAUCCUGAAUCUUUCAUUCGAAUGGGCAUUCAGCCGCCAAAAGGAGUACUCCUAUAUGGACCACCAGGAUGUUCUAAAACCAUGAUUGCCAAGGCCUUGGCUCAUGAAAGUGGUCUAAACUUCUUGGCAGUAAAGGGACCUGAAUUGAUGAAAAAAUAUGUUGGGGAAUCUGAACGUGCAGUCAGAGAGAUAUUUAGGAAAGCCAGAGCUGUUUCACCAUCCAUAUUGUUUUUUGAUGAACUAGAUGCCUUGGCUGUAGAACGGGGGAGUACUUCAAGUUCUGUGAAUGUUACGAACCGUGUCUUGGCACAGUUGUUGACCGAAAUGGAUGGGAUUGAACAGUUAAAGGAUGUGACAGUUUUGGCAGCUACAAACCGGCCAGAUAUGAUAGACAAGGCAUUGCUACGACCUGGUCGAUUCGACAGAAUUAUAUAUGUUCCUUUGCCUGAUGAAGCCACUCGCAGAGAAAUCUUUAAAAUUCAGUUUUGCAACAUGCCAAUAUCUUCUGAGGUCAAUUUGGAUGAGCUUGUCAUACAAACAGAAAAGUAUUCAGGAGCGGAGAUAACUGCAGUUUGUAGAGAAGCUGCUCUCCUUGCACUUCAAGAAGAUAUUGAGGCCAAAUAUAUAAUGAAAGAGCAUUUUCAACAAGCUUUGGUUGUUGUGACUCCUAGAAUCCCAGAUUCCCUACAGAAAUUUUAUGAAGAGUAUCAGCAGCGGAGUGGAUUGCAUUCACUGUGAGAAAGUGAUUAACAAACAUAAAGUAUACAACUUCAUUUCUAAAAAAUAAGUAGGAUUUUUUUUUCAAAGAAAUAUGUUCUUUAGUGCAUCAUCGUGCCAAAAGAGGUGUGUGUACAUGGAUUGGAAGGAAUGGCUUAAAAUCCUAUGCUCCCUUCUGAUGACAUCAUAAUACUGCAACUUGCUCAUAGCACAGGAAUGUCAAAAUGGCGUCCCGGGGGCCAGAUGUGUCACAUACAGGCCAUGCCCACCCCAGCUCCAUGAAGGGGAAAACAUCGCAAAAUGUCACGUGACAGCAAUGUGACAUGGUAAGCUUGACACCUGUGCCAUAGUAGCACUCAUUCAUUUCUCCAUCAUCACUAUCACUAACUAUAAAGGUUUCAUAUAAUGUAAAUUUUCUUACCUUUUUCAGAGCUGUCAUGUACAGAGUAUAGGUUGUUUUUUGGUUGUCUAUGAAAUGCUUUUCUCAAAUUAUAUCAGUUUAAAAAUGGAUUUUAACAUUUUCUAUUCUUCUCCAAUUUAUAAGGAUUGUUUUGGAGUUCUAUAUAAGUCUUUAUUUUUCCCAAUAUAAAAAAAAUUGUAUCACCAAUGAACAUAGAUCAUACCUAAUUUCAGAUAAUGUUUUAAACCAGUUCAAAGAAUUAGUUUUAAAUGGCUUUCUAAACCAUUUGUAUAAUGUCCUUCUAAUUUUUUCUGCCUUUCUAGUUCUUGCAUAAAUUGUUAUUGUGUAAGAUGUCUCAACAAAUUGAUUAAAAUCUAUUUGGAAAACAUUGAAUAUCAAUCUACCAUACUGGAGAUGGGGUAGAUGAAAUCUUUGUUAGACUGUGGAACAAAAUAGACAUAGUCUGUUAGUUUUUUCAAGACUAUUCAACUGUAUUAGGAAUAGCUGCUGCUGACAAAAACGUAUGCCAAAUAAAGUUGGUUGUUUUUAAAUGUGCUACUUUCUUCAUUUCUACAGGUCUUUAGUAUAUGAACCAGAUUGCCAUUAUAGUUAACUCUUUGUCAAAUAAUUCUAAAAAUUUAAUUUACAUUUGCAGAAGCCAUGAUAAUCGUUCUUCGUGAAAGGUUUUCUCUUCCAGAUUCUUGGUAGUAGUUUAAAAAUAAUGCUUACUUCUGUUUCCACAGUUACAUUACUUAGACCAUAAUUUCCAGAUCCCUUUUCCAGAUAUCCUUUUAAAUAUACAAGAUAUCCUAUUUGGCCUGGUGAUUAAGGCACCAGCCUAGAAACUAAGAGUU